AUGCGCCUCUUCAAUAAACUCUACGUGCUGUUCUCCCUCGCCGCCUGCAGUCUUCUGUAUUCGGGCUGGAUUCUGGCUUCACACCAUUAUAAGGUCGUGCCGACAAUGUCGACUCCCAGCUUCCGCGUUGCGCCGACUUUUCAACACCGACUAGUCGUGUUUGGGGAUUCGUGGAGCGAUAACGAUGCAGAGGGACUGCCGGGCUUUGUUUGGACAGACUGGCUCUGUUCAUUGUACUCAUGCCAUCAUGAAAACAUGGCCCAGACAGUCCAAUCAUCGUCGCUCAGCCUGACGUCGUCCAAAGGCAAAUAUGUGGGCGCGGUGGUGGAUAACUCGCAGCUCGACUCGUCAGGCAGUCUGCUGGAAGGCUUGUACAAACAGCCGCUGGCGGACUUUGGGGAACAGGCGGACCAGUGGCUGACGGCGGAGCUGAAUACGUUCAAGGGUCUGUCGGCAGACGCGAUCUCGGAGCGGCAGAACAACACGAUCGUGGCCGUUUCGUUUGGGGUCUGGGACCUGUGGAAUCUGAUCGGCAAGGACAUAGACACGGCCAAGCAGUCGGCCGAGGCCAGCAUCGCGACCUUGAUGGACCAGCUGACCGUGGUCGCGGAGCGCUGGGGCACCAACGACAUGAAGGUCAUCCUGACGCUGGCGCCGGAUGUCACUUUCCUCCCGGCGUUCGAGCCGACCGCCGACCGGCACAAGGACACGAUCCAGGUGUUUAACCACUGGAACAAGAAGCUGCGGGACUCCGCCCAGGACUGGGCCAGGGGCACGGUCUACCUGUUCGACACCAACGCCUUCCUGCUGGACGUCCUGCGCGACUGGCAGCUGUUCGCCGCGGGCAUCGAGGAGGAGAAUGGCCUGGGCAAGAACGAGGACCCAGGCUGGGAGAAUGUAGAGGACCCAUGUGUGCAGGACACUCAGAAAUUCCGUCUGAUGUCAUCCGGAAGCGACCAAUGUGACAAGCCCGACAAGUAUCUCUUCUGGGAUGAAAUGCAUCUGGGCCCAUCCGCUCACCGGUUAAUGGGGACGGAGAUCUUCCAUGGGAUCGAAGAAAUGUGGUUGAAACAGAAGGAGACCACUUCGCGCACCUGA